CUCAAGUCGUCUCGGUGUAUACACACACGCUUACAAACGAAACUCACACAUCAAUCAAUGGUCAACAAGGCCAAAUGGCUGACUGUGGGUCAAUACAGCAUCGGCACGGGACAGUAGCCCACUCCUGGCUCAGUCGGGUUGUAUAUCACAUAGUCGCCGCGCAAUCGCUCCUCACGAACACCUGCACACACACACAGACAGACAGACAGACAGGCAGGAAGACAGGAAGACACACAGGACGUCACAAAUUCUCUCCCUUCUGCGUGCUCUCACUCAGUCACUCACCGUACGGCCACUGUCUCGACACGACAGGAGGGUGCGGCCUCGCCUCUGCAAACACGCAGUCAUGGUUGGCAUCUUGAAGCUCGCCUUGUCUGGGUAUGGUGCGUCUGUGUGUCUUACUGUUCCAGUCGAGUGGCGGUUCCUCCAUCGGAUGACGAGUGUACCUGGCCCACACAUGCGGCAACAGAGAGGAGAACUCCCUUUCCUCCUUACGCCAACUGGCAAGUGUGUGGGUGGGUGGGUGGCUGGGCUGGCUGACCGUAUCUCCUUGCCGUCGGCGACUCUGAUAGCUCUGGGUCUGUUUCGGCUCUUCCACAGCUUCAUCCGGAUGAGGAACUUACACCGAUCGCCAUCCAUCCCGAUCUGGCUGAUGCACUGCAUAUAUAUACACACACACACACACACACACACAUGGAUGCAGCAAAUCAGCCACACAUGUACGCAGUGCUGUGUGAAUUGUUGUGUGCCCACCCUCUGUCUGUCUCUUGAGUCAGGCGUCGCAAACCGCACGGGCGUCACCUCUGCACACACCAUACAAUGCAGGCAGGCAUCGUGUCGAUCGACCCUCCCGCGUGUGUGGCCGUCUGUGUGCUCACUGAGGUCUGCGCAGACUUGUUUGUAGAGUUCGAAGUCCUUCUUGUAGAGGCACUUCAUGACUCGGGCGCGGCGGUUGAGGAACUUGGACAUCGACCGCUUCUUGAUGUGGUCCUUCGGGUUCUGGAUAAUAUGGCGACGCAGAUUCAGAAUCUUCUCCGUCAAGAAACACACUGCAGACGGCACGGGAGAAAGAGCGAUGAGUUGGUCAGCCAGACCACAAACAAUCAUUCUCUGCUUGUGUGCUGGGUGCUGCCUCACGUGACACAGCGGGGCUGUUGAUGUCUGUAGGUCCCCUCUGAUACUUGCGCGCCAUCGCCCACUUGCGCCAGGUGGCCACAUCCAUCCGCUUGGCGCACUUGAGGUGCAGACUCUGCCGCAUCUCGGGGCUCAGACUGCCGAUGUCGGCCGGUGUCAGCCGCUUGAUGUACCCAUCGGGGAUCCUCGCACGCUCAUCGAGGAACUCUCUCUCGGCCUGCAGGUACCACUGGGUCUUCGGCACGUGCGUCUUCCGAGCAACAACGCCAGUGAACUUAAAGGCCUUCGUGCGGGCGAUAAAUCGACGGGCCUCGAGCCGAUAGCGGGCUUCUGCUGGCUGCGUGAGCGGCUGGAGGCUGUUUCGGCACAGAGGAGAGCCGGACCAGAGAUGCUCCACUGUCCUCAGCAUCAUGGGCCAAAACCCAGAUCUUCACUCAUCGGACAAAGAUCCACAUCAGGCACCUCCACAACAGUGCAUUUCUGCACCUGAGCAGCGGUUUCUGCAUUUUUC